AUGGUUCGCGGCCCGAAGCACCACCUUAAGCGCCUGAACGCUCCCUCCUCGUGGAUGCUGGACAAGCUGUCCGGUACCUACGCUCCCCGUCCCUCCAACGGUCCCCACAAGCUUCGCGAGGCUCUUCCCCUGGUUAUCCUCCUCCGCAACCGCUUGAAGUACGCCCUCACCGGCCGUGAGGUUAACGCCAUCACUGCCCAACGUCUCAUCAAGAUUGACGGUAAGGUCCGCACCGACCCCACCUACCCCACGGGUUUCCAGGACGUCGUCUCGAUCGAGAAGUCCGGCGAGCACUUCCGUAUCCUCUACGACGUCAAGGGUCGUUUCAUCGUCCACCGCAUCACCGCCGAGGAGGCCACCUACAAGCUCCUCAAGGUUAAGAAGGUGCAGCUUGGUGCCCGCGGUGUCCCUCACAUUGUCACCCACGACGGCCGCACCAUCCGAUACCCCGACCCGGCCAUCAAGGUCAACGACACUGUCCGAUUCGACAUUGACUCGCAGAAGAUCCUCGACUUUGUUGCCUUCGACACUGGCGCCACCGUCAUGGUCACUGGUGGUCGUAACCAGGGCCGUGCCGGUGUUAUUACCGGUAAGGAGCGUCACCUUGGUGGCUUCGACAUUGUCCACAUCCGCGAUGUCCUUGGCCGUGACUUCUCCACCCGUCUCUCCAACGUCUUCGUCAUCGGCACCGAUGGCAAGCCCAUGAUCUCGAUGCCCCGUGGCGGUGGUGUCAAGCUCACCAUCACCGAGGAGCGUGACCAGCGUCGACGACAGAAGGAGGCCCGUGGCCAGUAA